AUGAAAACCGCUUUAAUGGUGGCUGAAAAGCCGUCGUUGGCGCAGAGUCUUGCUAAUAUAUUGAGUAAUGGCAAGUGUACUACAAAUAAAGGUUCCAACUCCGCAUGUUCCGUCCACGAAUGGACCGGAACCUUCAAAAACGAGGCGGUGAAAUUUAAGAUGACAUCAGUGUGUGGACAUGUUAUGAGUUUGGAUUUUACCGGCAAAUUUAAUAACUGGGAUAAAGUUGAUCCCAUUGAACUAUUUAGCUGUCCCACAGAGAAAAAGGAAGCUAUGCCGAGGCUUCGUAUGCCAGCUUUUUUAGCACAAGAGGCUAGAGCUUGUGACUUUCUUAUUCUUUGGUUGGAUUGUGAUAAAGAAGGCGAAAACAUUUGUUUUGAGGUAAUGAAUUGUGUUGGUCCAUACAUGAAAGGUGAUAUUUACUCACCGUUAGUGACAUACCGUGCAAAGUUCUCUGCUAUCACGGAUAAAGAUAUUAAAGCAGCUAUGUUGAAUUUGGUCAGACCAAAUGAAAAUGAAUCUCGGAGUGUUGAUGCUCGCCAAGAACUGGACCUGAGGAUUGGAUGUGCUUUUACCAGGUUUCAGACAAAAUAUUUUCAAGGUAGAUAUGGAGAUUUAGACUCGUCACUUAUUUCCUAUGGACCCUGCCAGACUCCAACAUUAGGCUUUUGUGUACAACGUCACGAUGACAUUCAGACAUUCAAGCCAGAAUCUUACUGGGUGUUGCGUGUGACAACAUCCACAACUGAGGGUAGGGAACUGCCCUUGGAAUGGAAACGGAUCAGGGUAUUUGAAAAGGACAUAGCUAAUAUGUUUCUUGCCAGUAUUAAGGAGAUAAAAGAGGCUGUGGUUGUUAAUAUUCAAGCAAAGGAGAAAGUUAAAGCUCGACCAGUAGCAUUAAACACAGUGGAACUAAUGAGAGUUGCCAGUGCAGGACUUGGUAUUGGACCUCAUAGUGCUAUGCAGGUAGCAGAACGCCUGUAUACCCAAGGAUACAUCUCCUAUCCACGUACUGAAACAACUAGUUAUCCUGAAAAUUUUGAUCUUGUGGGUACCCUUCGCCAACAGCAGAACUCGAAUAAGUGGGGCGCUGAAGUGCGUGCCUUGAUAGCCAAUGGCAUCAACAAGCCUAAAAAGGGCAAAGACGUGGGUGACCAUCCCCCCAUCACUCCUAUGAAGCCAGCAUCGGACUCCGAACUAGACGGCGAUAUGUGGCGUAUUUACGACUACGUCACGCGACACUUCAUAGCAACACUUUCACGCGAUUGUCGCUACCUCUCCACCGUUAUUACCUUCCAAUUGGGCACGGAGACCUUUUCAUAUACUGGCAACACUCUAGUCGACCCUGGUUAUACGGAGAUUAUGCAUUGGCAGGCGUUCGGGAAAGACGAAUUCGUGCCUACGUUGAACGUGGGCGAUGAAUUGCGUGCGCAUGAUCAUCGACUUGUCGAGUGUCAGACAUCCCCGCCUGAUUAUCUUACAGAGGCUGAGCUGAUCACACUUAUGGAGAAGCACGGUAUUGGAACAGAUGCUUCUAUUCCCGUUCAUAUUAACAAUAUAUGCCAACGCAAUUACGUUAAUGUCGGCAGUGGACGAAGAUUGGUACCCACCAGCUUGGGAGUGGUUCUGGUACAUGGAUACCAAAAGAUCGACCCGCAACUGGUGUUACCAACAAUGCGUUCUGCAGUAGAGGAACAGCUAAACCUCAUCGCUGUGGGCCGUGCCGAUUUUCACGCUGUUCUAUCGCAUACAACUGAGAUAUUCCGCAGAAAGUUUCAGUACUUUGUGCGUAGCAUGGAAGCUAUGGAUCAGCUGUUUGAAGUGAGCUUUUCGUCGUUGAAGACCAGUGGAAAAGCGUUGUCUAGAUGCGGCAAGUGUCGCCGUUAUAUGAGAUAUAUUCAGGCCAAACCUAUUCGUCUACAUUGCUCGCACUGCGACGACACUUACACGCUCCCGCCGAACGGAAGCGUCCGCAUUUACCGCGAACUCAAGUGCCCGUUGGACGACUUUGAGCUGUUGUCUUGGUCUUCUGGGUCUAAAGGGAAAAGCUUCCCGCUUUGCCCUUACUGUUACAAUCAUCCACCUUUCAGGGACAUGAAAAAGGGUUUCGGCUGCAACUCUUGCACGCAUCCGACUUGCGCUUACGGUGUCAACUCAACGGGCGUGUCCGGUUGUAUCGACUGCGACGGUGUCCUUGUUCUAGACCCCUCCUCUCCAAGGUGGAAGCUUACUUGUAAUCGAUGUGACGUCAUCAUAAACGUAUUCGAUGACGCGUCACGCGUGUCCGUCAGCGACCAGCAGUGCACGGAUUGCGGCGCACAACAAGUGACGGUCGAGUACCGGCCUGAAAGGACCAAAUUGCCGGCUGCGCUUACCGAGAUGACGGCCUGCCUCUACUGCGAGCCGACAUUUACAACUCUGGUUGAAAAGCAUCGUGCAGUAACACAACGCGGCGGCGCCGCCCGAGGGCGCGGCGGACGUCAAAGGAACAAUAGGCACCGGAACAAACAACCGAAAGACAAAAUGGCCCAACUCGCUGCGUACUUUGUAUAG